UCUAUCACUUAACCCUGCUUUAUAAUAUAAAAGACAUGAAAAUCUCACUUUUUACAAUAUGGGACCUUUAAAUACAUUUAUUGGUUUAGAUUUGACUUGACAUCAUGCAUUCUAAGAGUAGAACUGUACAACAGUAGAAUGUUGUGAGGUCAUGAGGAAGUUGUGAUGUCAUGAAGCAGUUGUGAUGUCAUAAAGGAGUUGUGAGGUCAUGAAGCAGUUGUGAUGUCAUAAAGGAAUUGUGAGGUAUUAAAGGAAUUGUGAGGCCAACAUUCCGGAGAAAACUCUUGAUACCAACCAAAAUCUCUCAUCAAUCUCAUUUCAACUGUGAACUUCGAGUCUUCGACAUUUCAACGGUGAACUUCGAAUCUUCGACAUUUCAACGGUGAACCAUUACUGUUUGAGAGCCAUGCCUUACACGUUAAGAACAAGAUUAGUAAGGACUCCUGAGCGUCCGUCCUCCAGUAGAAAUCUGGUCUGUCAGACAGUAGAUCCCAUCCAGGACAUUUCAACGGUGAACCAUUACCGUUUGAGAGCCAUGCCUUACAAUUUAAGAACAAGAUUAGUAAGGACUCCUGAGCGUCCGUCCUCCAGUAGAAAUCUGGUCUGUCAGACAGUAGAUCCCAUCCAGGACAUUUCAACGGUGAACCAUUACUGUUUGAGAGCCAUGCCUUACAAUUUAAGAACAAGAUUAGUAAGGACUCCUGAGCGUCCGUCCUCCAGUAGAAAUCUGGUCUGUCAGACAGUAGAUCCCAUCCAGGACAUUUCAACGGUGAACCAUUACCGUUUGAGAGCCAUGCCUUACAAUUUAAGAACAAGAUUAGUAAGGACUCCUGAGCGUCCGUCCUCCAGUAGAAAUCUGGUCUGUCAGACAGUAGAUCCCAUCCAGGACAUUUCAACGGUGAACCAUUACCGUUUGAGAGCCAUGCCUUACAAUUUAAGAACAAGAUUAGUAAGGACUCCUGAGCGUCCGUCCUCCAGUAGAAAUCUGGUCUGUCAGACAGUAGAUCCCAUCCAGGACAUGCUGGACAACAGGUCAGGUGGAAACCAGAGGGCCACCAAGAGAAAGUCUGACGAGAGCCAUGAAAGAGCCAUCAAGACUAGCAGGACAAGUCAAGGAAACUUUAACUCCGCUGAGGAUGCUGGGACAUCGACACCCGCCUGCGCCAGCAUUAGCUCCAAAUCUGAGGAGAAGAAGGGCAGGAAGAGGAGGUUCGAGGACACAGAAGCAUACGGGAAGAGGAAAAGAACGUUCAUGAGUCCCAAUGAGGGCACCAGCUACCAGGCCACCACUGAGACCAUCCCUGACGCCAUCCCUGAGGCCACCCCUGAAACCUCCUUCAGGUCCGGAUCUGAUACCUUCAUCAGCACCAACUCUGAGGAGAAGAAGGGCAGGAAGAGGAAGUCUGAGGACACAGGAGACUACGGGAACAGGAGAAGAACGUCCCUCAAUCCCAGUGCGGGCACCAGCUACCCCUGGUACCAGGCACCCCUGCGCUACCUCUCGAACCCAUUGCCUUCUCUUUUUAAUCUCUUUUUUCCAUCCAUCCCUGAGACCAUCCCUGAGACCAUCCCUGAGACCAUCCCUAAGGCCAUCCCUGAGGCCACCGCUGAGACCAUCCCUGAGGCCAUCCCUGAGACCAUCCCUGACGCCAUCCCUGAGACCAUCCCUAAGGCCAUCCCUGAGGCCACCGCUGAGACCAUCCCUGAGGCCAUCCCUGAGACCAUCCCUGAGGCCAUCCCUGAGACCAUCCCUGAGGCCAUCCCUGAGACCAUCCCUGACGCCAUCCCUGAGGCCACCCCUGAAACCUCCUUCAGGUCCGGAUCUGAUACCUUCAUCAGCACCAACUCUGAGGAGAAGAAGGGCAGGAAGAGGAAGUCUGAGGACACAGGAGAAUACGGGAAGAGCAGAAAAACGCCCCUCAAUUCUGGUACGGACACCAGCUACCAGGGCACCAGUGAUACUACCACUGAGUCCACCCCUGAGACCAUCCCUGAGACCACCUCCAGUGAUGAAUUUGACACCUCCUCCACACAAAACAGCAGAGAAAUCUUUGACUCUGAUGAGGAUACUGUGUCAUGGAUACCCGCCAGCACUGACUCUGAGGAGAAGAAGAGCAGGAAGUGGAAGUCUGAGGACACAGGAGACUACGGGAACAGGAGAAGAACGUCCCUCAAUCCCAGUGCGGGCACCAGCUACCCCUGGUACCAGGCACCCCUGCGCUACCUCUCGAACCCAUUGCCUUCUCUUUUUAAUCUCUUUUUUCCAUCCAACCCUGAGACCAUCCCUAAGGCCAUCCCUGAGACCAUCCCUGAGGCCACCGCUGAGACCAUCCCUGAGGCCACCGCUGAGGCCACCCCUAAGGCCACCAGUAGCGACUCUGACACCACCUUCCCAGAAGCCACUAUGUUUCACAACAGAGCUGACUUUGAGGUGAAAUAUGAGGAAGAGGGAAUGCUGGGUGAAGGAAGCUUCGGAACAGUCUUUGCUGGCCACCGCAAAGACGACCAUCUGCCUGUAAGUUACACACACACACACACACACACACACACACACACACACACACAGAAUCCAUGAUUCAUGUAUCCGCUC